GCAUGCAUCUGAAGAUAUGGAGUCCACUUUCUUUGACAUGCUGUGUGUUUGUCUGGAAAACACACCAACACACUGAUGCAUGCAUGCACACAGAGCACACUGUUGUUGUGUGUCUUUGAAUGCUGAGCCUGUUGGGAAACAGAAGGUGGACCAAAGCCAGAAAAACCAAGCAGCACUUCCUAACAGAUGAGUGAAUUUUAAAACAGAGGAGGAAACAUUUUCACUUUGUCUUCCUCACUUCUAGUCGUUGUGCGAUGGACCGACCUCUGCUGGGCCGAGAGGCGGCUCGGCGCUGCUGCUCCUCCAGCAGGCUGAAGGCCUGGCUGCCCGUCCUGUCCUGGCUGCCCCGGUACCAGCUGAAGUGGCUCCAGAUGGACCUGCUGGCAGGAGUCACCGUGGGGCUGACCACGGUGCCGCAGUCGCUGGCCUACGCUGAAGUAGCCGGCCUCCCUGUGCAGUACGGACUGUACUCUGCUUUCAUGGGGGGCUUCAUCUACACCCUCCUGGGGACCUCGAAGGACGUGACGCUGGGUCCCACGGCCAUCAUGUCCCUGCUGUGUUUCUCGGUGGUGGGGGGGCAGCCCCGCCGGGCCGUGCUGCUCAGCCUGCUCUGUGGACUCAUCCAGGCUCUGAUGGCUUUACUCAGAUUAGGUUUUCUGCUGGACUUCAUCUCUUUCCCAGUAAUAAAAGGCUUCACUUGUGCUGCUGCAGUAACCAUUGGCUUUGGCCAGGUCAAGAACAUUCUAGGACUCCAGGGCGUUCCCCACGAGUUCUUCCUGGAGGUUUACUACACCUUCUCCAGGGUCCCAGAAGCCCGGAUCGGGGAUGUGGUCCUGGGUCUGCUCUGCAUCGUCCUGCUGGUCACAUUUAUGUUCAUGAAGACGAAUCUCGGCUCUGACGACGCUCCCACCUGCUCCAGACUCGCCAGGAAGCUAGUGUGGACUGUUGCUACCAUGCGUAACGCUCUGGUGGUCGUGGCUGCAUCCUUUGUAGCAUUUUCCUGGAAUGCUUACGGUCAUCCCGUGUUUACGGUGACUGGGGAAACUUCCCAGGGGCUCCCGCCGUUCAGGCCGCCGCCCACCUCAGACACCACCGCCAACGGCACCAUCGUCUCCUUUGGGGAGAUUGUGGAGGGCUUUGGAGAAGGCCUUGCUGUGAUUCCCUUCAUGGGUCUGUUGGAGAGCAUUGCUAUUGCUAAAGCUUUUGCCAGUCAGAACGACUACAGAAUUGACAGCAACCAGGAGUUGCUGGCAAUCGGUGUGACCAACAUCAUGGGCUCCUUUGUGUCAGCCUAUCCUGUAACUGGAAGCUUCGGCAGGACAGCAGUGAACUCCCAGACUGGUGUCUGUACUCCAGCUGGAGGACUCGUCACAAGUGUGAUAGUGUUGCUCUCCCUGGCGUUCCUCAUGCCGGCCUUCUACUACAUCCCUAAAGCUUCUCUAGCUGCUGUUAUUAUCUGUGCAGUGGCUCCCAUGGCGGAUUAUCGUGUCGUGGCUAAGAUGUGGAGGAUUCGCAAACUGGACCUGCUGCCUUUUUUUGUGACGUUCCUGAUGAGUUUCUGGCAGGUGCAGUACGGCAUUGUAGGAGGUGUAGCUGUAUCUGGAGCACUGCUGCUGUACAACAUGGCAAGACCCCAGAUAAAGGUGUCUGAUCACGGCAUGCUGCUGAUGGAGUUAGGCAGUGGACUCAGCUUUCCUGCCACAGAGUAUCUCAGCCACAUCAUGCACACUCAGGCUCUGCAGGCGUCUCCUCCGCGGUCCGUGGUUCUGGACUGCCAUCAUGUCAGCACCAUAGAUUACACAGUGAUCAGCGAGCUCAGGGACCUGCUGCGGCAGUUCAAACUACGGGAAGUGCAGCUGGUCUUUUCCAGACUGCAGCCCUCUGUUCUGGAGGUUCUCCUUGCAGCUGACCUGCAGGGCUUCAGGUAUACAGACAGUGUGGAGACGGCGCUGCAGAUGGAGUCAGAGGAACUCCUCAGUGAAUGACACAAAGACCGUCCAAUCAGAGACUGGAGGAGAGACAUUUGGAGUUGAACAGAAGCAAUGAAGCAACAAGGCUGAUCAGGGACGUUUCUGAUCUGGAACCAUUGAGAUGAUGAAGUUAAAGUUAAACUACCUCCAACAACUGAUUCACUGGCUGUAAGCUGUACGGCUCAACUUGACAUUGGAAAUCAUUGUGGGAUUUCCGACAUUACAGCACUACAUUACCAACAUUGGACCAGAAUCACAGCACUGCCCUGCUCAGAGUUACCAACCACCUUUAAAUGGCUGCUGCUGACAAUUACGUUUUUAUCAUUUUAGGUUUUUAUCAGAACUUUUAAAGACACAGAGACUAUUUUACACACUUUCAAGACAUGAUAGUCACAUCAAUACUGUUUAAGCCUUUUUACACUGGCUCCCAGUAUGUUUUGAAAUAGAUUUUAUUACCUUUAACCCAGAAGAACCCAUGGUGACACCCGUGUAACAAACACUUUAAAUCUUCCAGAAUCUCCCAUAUUCAGCUUUAUGCUUCACAUUAACUCAUUAAAUCCCUAAGCGAUGUAUACUCAACACCCUGGUGUGGUGGUCAUGUGACUGUGACAAGAAGUGACUUCUCCAAAAUAUGAGUGUGACUGGAAACAGAAAUGUGAAAAAGUAGCUAAUUUUAAAAAGCUUAUUUUUUGUUAUUAGGCUAACUUUAAACCCAUUUAACAAUUCUAAUCCGUCAAUAGGGUGUCCUGUAUUGCAUUUAACUUAUUCUGACCAUAUUUCUUGCACAAAUUAAAGUCACAAUUUUGUUAUAUGUUAUGGAGAUGAAAAAGAAAAAGGUAAAUUUGUGUCUCUGUAAGCAGUAAAUGUGUCUAGUUUCUUUCUAUGUUAAAAUAAGAAAUAUCAGAAACAUAAAUACCAUAAACGCCCAUUGUAACGUUUAUGUCACAUCACAGAUCUUUGACAUUUAGGGGUAGAAUUUAAAAAAAACCCAUCAGAAAUGUGUUCUAUGUGGUCCACUUAUAGAACACAUCCUUUAAGGAUAACUGGCUCUGGGUUCUUAUGGGUUAAGGCUCUUCACGGCCUCUCUCUGUGCUAUAUCUCUGUCCUCUUAAUACUGUACAAGCUGGUACUGUAAGUGCUUUGAGAUCUUGGGCUGAGGUAUUUUGUCUGUCUAAGAGGCUGAAAACUAACUCUCCUUUAAAACCUGAUGAUUUUAUGUCUCAUCUUUUUAUUUUGCUGCUUUGUCAUGCACUUUACUAAGUGGUUCAUGAAAAGCACUCUAAUCUAAAAAGAUUGGUAUUAUAUUAAUACUGUGUUUUAUAACAUUUGAUAUGCUUUUGAAGGACAUUAUGUCUUUUAUGAAUGAGGAGAGAAUGAGGAAAAGUGAUAAUAGUGAAGUAUAUAUAUUUUUACGAACCAAAAACUCCCUCUGUUAUGUUGUCCAGGGACCAAAUCUGAAUUAAUACAGUAAGAAAAGGGACAAGGGGUGUGUUAAUAAUGAACAAAGCU